AUGGCUGAGUUCCCAAAGCACCCCUUCCUCCUGUCUGUCGAGGAGACGGCCCAGGCCCUCUCCACCGACAUCGACAAGGGCCUCACCUCGGCACAGGUUGCCCAACUGCAGGAAAUAUACCCCAAGAAUGAACUCAACGUGGGGCAGGCCAUCCCCUGGUACAGCAUCCUGACCAAGCAGCUUCUCAAUGCCAUGAUUAUUGUUUUGGUAUUUGCCAUGGCUCUCAGCUUUGGCAUCGAGGAUUACAUCGAGGGAGGCGUCCUCGCCUUCGUCAUCGUGCUCAACGUCACCAUUGGCUUCUGGCAAGAGUACCGCGCCGAGAAGCACAUGGAUGCUCUCCGCGCCCUCUCUUCCCCCAGCGCCAUGGUAUUGCGCGAUGGCAAAACCCAAGUCAUCUCCAAUCCCGAGGUAGUUCCAGGAGACAUCGUGCUGCUCAAGAUGGGUGACACCGUCCCGGCAGAUCUGCGAAUCUUCGAAGCCAUGAAUCUUGCCUGCGAAGAGGGCCAGCUCACUGGCGAAUCCAUUCCCGUCGAGAAAAUCUCGGACAACGGCAUCCUGGUUCCGGGCACCGAGAAACAGGCCACGUCUGAAGAAGACAUCGGUAUCGGCGAUAGAGUCAAUAUGGCCUAUGCCACCACUGUCGUCCGAAAGGGCAGAGGCCGUGGCGUCGUUACGGCCACCGGCAUGGCCACAGAGGUUGGCAAGAUUGCUGCCUCUACUUCCAAGAAGCGACGCAAGGCUGGCCGCUCCAUGAACUGGCGCAAGUAUGGCAAGAGACAACCCGUCGUUGGGCUCUCCAAGCGCGUCUACGACAGCAUUGGGAAGUUCUUGGGCUUGACGGUGGGGACUCCUCUGCAGCGGAAGCUGUCUGCGCUGGCCUACAUUCUCUUUGGCGUCGCCAUCAUCCUCGCCAUGAUCGUCUUUGGUGUCAAUCAUUUCAACCUGCGCAACGAAGUCAUCAUUUACGCCAUCUCGGUCGGCAUCGCCAUCAUCCCCGAGUCACUUGUCGCCGUCCUAACCAUCACCAUGGUUGUCGCCGUCACCGUGAUGCGCAAGGCCAACGUGGUCGUGCGAGAUCUGUCUGCGCUCGAGGCACUUGGUGGUGUCACCAACAUUUGCUCCGACAAGACUGGUACUCUGACCGAAGGCGCCAUGAUUGUCCGAAAGGCUUGGAUCCCUUCUUCCCACCUCUACACUGUCCGCGAAUCCCAAAACCCCAACGAUCCCACCAAGGGCCGCGUGACGUAUUCGCAGAACAGAGACGAGCCGGCGCCCGAAAAGGAAGAGCCCAAGCGCGAUUACGACAAGGAGCGAAGUGCCGCGGGCAUCAAGUUUGAUGUUCCGGACGAGAAGCUUAACCCUAGGCCCAAGGACCCGGAGCCAGAGAGUGAGACGGAAAUGACGGACGAGCUCCAGGCAUUCCUGCUUUCGACCUCUCUGUGCAAUCUUGCAACUGUUCGGUACGACAAGGAGGAGGAAAAGUGGCAGACGACUGGCGAACCGACCGAAAUUGCCCUCCAGGUGUUUGCCCACCGCUUCAAGCAGGGCAAGAAGACUCUAGAGGGCAAUGGUUGGAAGCAGCGCGCCGAGUUCCCCUUUGACAGCUCCAUCAAGCGCAUGUCUGUCAUUUACGACGCCCCCGAGGGCGCCGUGGAGCGCGUCCUCGACCUCUGCUCAUACAUUGGGACGGGUGCUGAGCAGCAGAUGGUGACGGAGGAGCUCAAGGAGAUUGUCCUCAACCAAAUGAAUGAGCUCGCCUCACAGGGCCAGCGAGUCCUUGCCAUUGCUUACCGGCCCUGGGGUGGUCGAUUCACGGCCAAGCAGUCCACCUCUGCGGCCGAAGACGAGAAGCUGCGGUCCGAGGUGGAGAGGGAUCUGGUGCUUCUCGGUCUUGCGGGCAUCUACGAUCCCCCGCGCCGCGAGACGAAGCAUUCCAUAGGAGAGUGUUCGCAGGCUGGCAUCAAGGUGCACAUGCUCACGGGCGAUCACCCAGAAACUGCCAAGGCCAUUGCAAAGGAAGUCGGCAUCAUCCCCAAGAACCUCGGCAUCCUCCCCGACAAGGUGGCCCGGGCAAUCGUGCAAAAGGCGACGGAUUUCGACAAGAUGGCGGACGAGGAGAUUGAUGCGCUGGAGGAACUGCCGCUCGUCGUUGCUCGGUGUGCUCCCGACACAAAGACGCGCAUGAUUGAGGCUCUCCGCCGCCGAGGCGCCUUCAUGGCCAUGACUGGCGACGGCGUCAACGAUGCGCCCUCGCUGUCGCGGGCUGAUGUCGGCAUCGCCAUGGGGUCGGGAUCCGACGUGGCAAAGUCGGCGUCCAAGAUUGUGCUCACCGACGACAAGUUCAACUCCAUCGUGGCCGCCAUCCGCGAGGGUCGUCGAAUGUUUGACAACAUCCAGAAGUUUGUGCUGCACCUGCUGACCUCGAACGUCGGCGAGGUCAUUCUCCUGAUUGCCGGGCUCGGCUUCGUGGACCGGACGGGCUUCUCCGUCUUCCCCGUCUCGCCGCUGCAGAUCAUCUGGAUCAACAUGGUGACAUCUUCGUUCCCCGCCUUUGGCCUGGGUCGCGAGCAGGCGGCCGCCGACGUGAUGCGCAAGCCCCCGCAGGACAAGAAGCGCGGCGUCUUUACCAACCAAGUCAUUGUCGACAUGGUCGUGUACGGCGUCAUCAUGGGCGCCUGCACCAUGUGCACCUUUGUCAUCAUCAUCUACGGAGCCAACAACGGCGACCUGGGCUUUGACUGCAACACCAACUUCUCGGACGCCUGCAUCCCGGUCUUCAGGGCGCGAGCCGCCACGUUUGCCGAGCUGACGUGGCUGAUUCUCAUCUCGGCGUGGGAGUUUAAGAGCCUGCGCCGGUCCAUGUUCCGUCUGAAUCCCGACGACGACAGCACGUUUCCCGUGUUCAAGGACCUUUACGCCAACAAGUUUCUCUUCUGGUCCGUCAUCCUGGGUGGGCUGUCGGUGUUCCCAGUCGUGUACAUUCCCUUUCUCAACACAAAGUUCUUCAAGCACACGGGCAUUUCGUGGGAGUGGGCGCUGGCCGUGGGAUUCACGAUAGUAUUUGUCGCAGGCAUCGAGCUCUGGAAGCUGUGCAAGCGAACGUUCCGCCUCCUCGAGGACCGUCCCGUGCAGCGCGGCAUCUGGGGCCAGGGCGGGCCGGACGACCAGGGGCCCAAGUUUCGCAAGACGCUUUCCAUGUCGAGCUUCAGGACGUGGGCCUCCUUUUCGCGCAAGGACACGACCGACUCGACGUCGAAGCGCAUCCCUUCGCGAACCACUUCUCAGGCGGCGCUGUCCGAGGUCUAA